UACACAAUCAGUUUAUUCCAAUUUAUUUGACUUAAUGUUUUGAGGAUUAACUGUGUACGUUAACCAUUCACAUUGAUAUAAUACCUUAUUUUAGUUGCAUCGUGACUAAUUGAAAGUUAUGGAAAUGUUAUAGAAUAUUUCAUUCAGUCCAGGCAUAAUCAAAUUUGAAGUCUGGGGAAGUUAAGGUAACUUACUUGUAAAGUACAGGUUUAUUAAUUCGAUCCUUGUAGUUACAUUGAUGUACAAUGUGUAACGGUGACUUAGUUUGUGAAUCAAUAAUCCAUUGAUUUAAUGGGUUACCAGGUCGUACUUAUUUAAAUUUAAUUUGGUUGAAGUAAUCGGGUAUAACAACUGUCUCUCACUCGUAAAAUGCGGUUCAAAGUGGAGUAUAUAACCACGUAUUCGGUAGAUAUAUGUUUCAUGAAAGGAUUAAAUGACGAUCAAUUAUUUAUUGUUAUUGCCGACCCCAUUAAUGAUGCUUUAUAAAGUUUUCUUUCGCGCAUUGAUUUCUGAAAAAUGGUGUAUUUAUGUUGAACAUAUACAUACUGUAAAGUUUCUGUGAUUUAUCCAACGAUUUAGAGUUUCCUACUUUUUUUGGUUUCAACUAGGUAACACAAGUUGAAGAACCUUCUAAAUAUGGCGUUGUUGUUUACGAUCAAACAACUGGACGUGUGGACCGUUUUGUUGAAAAACCAAUUGAAUUCGUUGGUAAUAAGAUAAAUGCCGGUAUAUACUUACUUAAUCCUGGUGUUAUUGACAAGAUCUCCGGUUCUGGAUGGAUGUUGGACAACCGAAUGAUUUUCUCAAAGGUACAAGUUUGUAUCUAAAUUACUUGAAACAAUCAGAUCAUUCGAAAGAACUAGCAACUGGAUCUAAUAUCCAUGGGAAUGUUCUAAUCCAUCCAACUGCUUCAGUUUCACCUACUUGUGUUCUUGGACCCAGUGUUGUUAUUGGGCCAGAGUGUAUAGUUGAAGAUGGAGUAAGAAUUCGUAAUUCCACCUUACUUCAAGGGAGUAUUAUUCGUUCUCAUUCUUGGCUAGAAACUUGUAUUAUUGGUUGGCGAUGUACUGUUGGGCAGUGGGUAAGUCUGUUGAUUUUACUUUGUAUUCCUUUGAGAAUGUCAUCACUGAUGGCAUAUAUACACAUUUAUUCUAAGUUGUAAUAAUAUUGCAUGGUUUUAAACGUGUAAUAAAUUGUUUACGAGUAUAUCUUUGAUAGAUUUCACAUUAUAUAUAACCAAAUUAAAGCCUUAGAAAUAUGUUAUUUUUCGUUUGUCUUUGUCUGUUAACCAAGAGACCACUGGAUAUUUGUAAUUGAGGUUUAUAGGAAAGUUUAAAACUCAGUUGUCAUAACAAUGUAAAAAAUCAUUUUUCGUUGUUAACAUUACGUUCUUCUUUGUCUUAGUACUCUUUUCCCUCAAAUACCCUAGUUCGGCUGAAAGUGGAGGAAGCCUGAUGUCUCUCUUUCGAAAUGCUCUUAUGCGGCCAUGCAUUUAUUGCCUCUGUCAAAGUGGUCUUAUGUUCUACACGCAGCCGGUUUGUUUUACAAAAAUGAUAGAACAAAAAACGAAUGUUCAGCACUUAAACCAGAUUGGAAGAUACAGAGGUUGCACCUGGAAGAAUUGAAAAACCUUGAUUCCAAACCAUCGGUAUAUAUAAUCUCCAGGAUCCUAAGGGAACGAAUGGCAUGUUAACCUGUUUUUAGUCGUCAGCUAUCACGAAAAGGGACUUCUUGAUGUUGCUUCACUAGUUUGUGGAUUGACCUUUAGGUGUGUGGAACAUGCAUUUCAACUCGGGCUCCCAUUCAGCAUCACAAAUUUUCGUUUGGUGUAUACUAAAUUCUGGGUGCUCAGUUGUGCCAGAUUUCAUGUGAAUUAAAUAAAUAGAGGAUGACUGACGAUUGUGCUUCAUUUAAAUUGAGACAAAUACAAACUAGGAUGAUUUGAAAGCAAAAUAUAUUCUAGCCAAUCCAUACAACAAUGUUUUGUACAAUAAAUAAUGAAAAUACAAGAUAUCAAAUAGAAUUUCCGUGCGAAAUGCCUAGUGUCUUCUAGAUCCAUCUACUACUGCUGAUUGAAUACGAAUAGACUCAUCAUCAUAUUCAGAUUUGGGCCUUUAUUAAACAUCCUAUCAUUAGGAUUCUGUCAUGCUAAUAACUAGAAAUUAAUGCGAAACUUUAUACUUAAAACAGUUAACCACCCGUUUGUUCCAUCGUUAAUGAAACUAGUUUGGAAUUUGAUUUUUUCAGCACCACUUUCCAGGAUCAGCUUCACUUUAAAAUACUCAACAUAUGUAGUAUACUGUCUGUAAUUAAUAUAGGACUGGAAUUGUAGCAUUCUUUUAUCUCAGACAUUCUUUGGUCAAUAGAGCGAUGGUUCAAUAGUUAAGGCGUCCGAAUUUCAGCUACAAAAUCAUAGGUUCAAACCUCUUUUUACAUACUUCAGUCUGAGCAACAGCACAGUACUACCAGCCCUUACACCUAAAAUGUGGCUUCAAGCCAUUGUGUGAAUCUGUAACGGAUAAAUGAGUUCAUGAAAUGUUAUUUGAUCAAUAUCAAUUCAUAUUCUCACCAUCAAUGUAUUCUGAUUUAUUAUUACUUUUAGGUAAGAAUGGAAAAUGUCACCGUCUUAGGUGAAGAUGUCAUUGUAUCUGAUGAAUUAUUUGUAAAUGGUGCACGUGUACUACCACACAAAAGCAUUGCCCAAUCAGUCGUUGAACCACAAAUUAUUAUGUAACAUGCCUGGUAUGGAAACUCUUGUAAAGUGCUGUGAUCAAAACUUUUUUUUUUCUCCUCAUACUCCUACUAUUCUUAUGAUCGGUACUAAUCUAUCGCCUUCUUUUUAUUUCAACAACGUGUUUUCCACAUAGGAAUAUUAUCGUUUUUUAUGUUCCACUGACUGCUGUCAUAAUUGUUAUUUUGUUUAAUUUCUUUUUUGUUCAAUUAAAACAUUUUACUAAAAAUAAAUCCAACCGAGUUCUAGUUCAAUGAAAUGUCACUUCCCGCUUAUUUUGGUUAUCCUUAUUACUAAUGUAGGAAACAAAAUUUAUAUUUGCUAUCCAGUGCUUUCCUUUAUGUUGUUAAAGGUUGAUAUGAUUUCGUUUGUUUUAAUCAGUUGUUGAAUUUAAUAUUGUCGAAUGGUUUGCUUUUUGUAUUUUUUUAAAAAAUUUCUGUAUUUAAAUAUAUGCAUUAUUUGGAUUGGAAUUCGUUCAGUAAUAUGAAUUUUAUCCUAAGUCAAC